GCACUCACUUCCUGGCACUGGCAGCUGUUGGCCAUGGCGCUAGCCAUGGCCACGGCUCGGAGAUCGAACUGGAGAGGUACACCGCAGCUGGUAGCUCUGAAGAUGUGCUGCACUGGCGUCCCAAGCGUCUGCCCGACGGACGGCGCGAGGAGUACAGCGUGGGGGAUGGCUACUGCCUGAUGAGGACCUCCAAUCAGCAACGCCUAGAGCAGAUGGGCCUAGUGGACGAGGAGGAACUUCGACGCUUAGCCAAGGGGCCGCCUGUAUGGCUGGUUUCUUCGAAUUGUCGCGUCAGAAGCUUGGGCCCUGUGAAUCCGCAGCUCUGGCGCGAUCGGCAGAAUAGGACGCCAUCCAUGCAUGGCUGGCCAGUGAAGGUCCAACUUUUCCAUUGCCCCAAGCGUGUGCCUGUGGCAUUUCUCACGGUACCAAAGUGUGGUACCACCUCCACCAUCAAUUGGGUCUUGCAGAUGGAAGGCCAAGAACAACUUCGUAGCCUUGAACGAAGCGGCAAGGCCUUUCUACAUCAUCAAGGUCCGGGGCAGCUGGCGGACUUGGUGAAGGGAGAACUGGAAUCCGCGGCAUCCCAGGGAACCAUCCCGAAUGAGAAACUGAUGGACAAGGACUUUGCAAGUCUGGUGAUGUUUCGAGCGUUGCAUCGCUACAAGCCUGGCUUAGAGAGCUAUGAUGCCACAGUGACUGUGGAACGCGAGUUUUUACCGCCAGCCAAUUUGUGCCCGCUGUGCUGCAUACAUGGCUGGCAGCGGCAACGGGUGGUACUGGCCAGGAACCCUUUCGUGAGGCUGAUGUCCUACUUCCGCUUUGUCUGGUUGAACAACCCAAACUGGGGCGACCACAAGUGGACAGGCUGGGCCGGCUUCUCUGACUACUAUCAGUUCGUGCUGCAAAUGCGCGAUUCGAAGCCUGGACUCUUUGCCAAUGGCUUGGACUGGGUGCCGGAAUCGGUCAACAAGUGCAAGCAGGAGAACGACGGGAAGUUGGAAGGCACGGCUCUCCAUCCUUGGAUCUGUAAAACGACCUACUACACCUUAUCCGCCUAUGAUAUCUUCCACCUUCGUCCAGUGAGUGACAUGGUGUCGGAUGAACGCUUUCUGGCCGGUCCAGCUGCUAUGGAAGACAUUCUGGUGCUGCAUUUGGAGACUCUCAAAGAAGACAUCCUGCAGCUUGAAGAAGCUUUGUGCUCGAGGUUCGGCUUCUGCGAAAAACUGCCGCCCUUCCCUUCGGUGCUCCCGGGGAAAAACAUCCGCGACAGCGCAGUGGAAGGAGCGGUGAAAGAGAAGUGUGGCUUCAAAGAAAAGACACUCACUUGGCACAACUGCACUGCUCCAGAGUGGUUGCAGCUCUGGGACCCACGCGUGACCUCGAUGGUGGUCCGCCACUACCGCCAGGAUUUCCGGUGGUUGGGAUACUCCACGGAUCCUGCGAAUCUCUUGCCAUUG